UUGUUUUGUACGAUUUUGUGAAUGAACGUGAUGUUUGUGUUUCGAUGAAUAAAUCUCCAGAGACUUAAUUAUUAAUUUUUACAAUGGCCAAUAUAGAUGUAUGCAAAUUAAUCAAUUUAUAAAUAGUCAAGGUUGUGAUGUUUACCCACUAUGGGAAAAUUCAGUACGUACAGGUAUUUAGAGUUAAAAGAUGAUACCUCAAGUUCACAUAUCAACAUAAGGGCAAGAUCUCUGAAGCAGCCGCGCAGAUUCAAGAAGGUGUUUAUAUUCCUACUCGUCUUAGCAUUAUGUGGCACAUAUUUGCUGGGUCUUUUCGCGGGCCAGACACAGUGGUUCGAUGGGCUUGCCAAGAGCCUGGGUUACGAGAGCGUGUACCACCACGCGGUGAUCAUAGACGCCGGCUCCUCCGGGUCCAGGGUGCUGGCGUAUAAGUUUAGGGUGCCGUUCACAGUAUUCGGUCAAGCAAAUUUGGACUUGGUAGAUGAAUAUUUUGAAGAGAGUAAACCGGGUCUGUCCUCGUAUGUUGACGAUCCUAAGAAGGGAGCAGACACAAUAGUACAACUAAUAAAAAAAGCAGAAUUUCUAACACCGCCCGAAAAGCGCAAAUCCACGCCACUCGUGGUGAGAGCGACCGCGGGACUGCGGUUGUUGCCGGCGAUGAAAGCACAGAUGUUGAUCAAGGAGGUCGCUGAUGCUAUUGCUAAGUUAGGUUACGAUGUUGGCCCCAAUGGUGUUGAGAUCAUGGACGGUUCGGAUGAGGGCAUUUUCAUCUGGUACACUGUCAACUUGUUGCACAAUCUCAUCGGCGGAGAAACAAUGGCGGCGAUGGAUCUCGGCGGUGGGUCCACACAGAUAACUUAUCAACUACAGGAAGCUGAUAGGAAACAGUACGCGCCGGGUGAUCAAUUUGUAGUGCCCGCUGGUGAAAACAUCACCCUGUAUACUCAUAGUUUCCUCAAGCUCGGUCUUCUAGCCGCUAGACACGGUGUGUUUAAACUAGAAGCCGGUGACAAUGAUACAGAUGAGUUUGUGUCAGUGUGCGUCGACCCCAUCGUGCAGAAGGAGAAGUGGAUAUAUGCCAACAGGCAGUAUAGCAUUAGCGGUGCCCCCCGUCCGGACGGCAUGAAGCGGGAAGCAGUAUACUCCCGCUGCGCGUCGCUCGUGUCGCGCUACAUCGCGCGCACGUUAGACCGCUCUCCACGGGCACCGCGCGGCAACGUCGCCGCCAUGAGCUACUUCUACGACGUAGCGGCGGACGCGGGGCUCAUUGACGUAAUGACCGGCGGUCGUGUGUCUGUCGGUGCGUACCGCAGCGCUGCUCGGCGCGCCUGCUCCGCGUCCAACGUGGAGCAGCCCUGGGCCUGCGUCGACCUGGCGUACAUUGUGGCGCUGCUGCAUGACGCGUAUACCAUGAAGGACGAUGAGUCUGUGUCGCUGUACAAAAAGGUGAACGGCCACGAGGUGUCCUGGGCGUUAGGGCUCGCCUACACUACGGUGAUGAACAAAAUAACCGCCGCGCCCGCCGCCUAGUGUGCGCCGCGCCUUAUCCGACAACUGUGCACCAAGCUUGCAUUUAUACAAUCUAUAUGAAGCGUUUAAAUCAACAUUCGUUGAAAACCUUCAAUUGAAGACUUGGUGCAAUCCAGUGAUUUUUUAUUCAUAAGGCUAUUCCACAGUUUUUUGUAAAUUUUUUGCACCCACUAUUAAAAGUAAGAUGUGCAAAACAGACGUCGUGUUUUGUUGUAAACACGUUUUAUAUGCAAUAUACAAAUUUUAAUUUACUCGGUUGUGUGUGUGUUGGAAUUUUUGACGAUGUUUUUGAUCUGUACCGACAGCAACGAAAUUUCUGCUGAAAUAUUUGCUGUCUGUACGAUUUGUUAAAAUACCUCUCGCUGUGAAACAUUCAUUUUGCCUAAAUAUUUUAUAUUAAGCAAAUAAGUCUAAAAGACACUGCAGUUACAUUUUACAAGCCUCUAAAAUUUGUGUUGUGAUAAACAUUAGCUAAUAUUUGUAAUUCAUAAAGUAUAAAAUAAUUUUAUAAAAGCCAAAUUUCUCUCGUUUCUAAUCGUCUUAGAUUAUAUUCGUUUUUCUACCAUAAAUUCUAAACUAUUCCAUUUUUUACACAUGGUAUAUCUUUAGAUAGUUAUAGACUGUAGAUAAAUUUCAUAAACACCAGUAUUUGUAUAAGAAUCACUAUGUAUUAGCUUCAAUUCUAUUAUUAUUGUAUUUAAUCCAUACCCACGUGAAAUUAUAUACAUAUUAUGUAUGAUCAUCAUUUAUAUAUUUUUAUGAUAUUAUAAUUCGUUAAUCGUCACAAUAAAUUCAUUAUUGAAUAAAGACACGGUAAAGACUUAUGUUCUUUAUUAUUUUUGAUUUGAAAUGUCAUAAUGACAUUUGUAAUGUGGACUUUUUAAUCUGUAUUCCUUAUUUCCCUCCACAGCAAUUUUGACAGAUUGCUGUUAAAAUUGCGGGACUCUUAAAAAAAACGUGUGCGUGUACUACUACACACGUACGAAGUGAAACUUCUUUAUGACAUUAUUUUUCUAAAAAAUAAAAUUACUAUAUGCAACUUUACAGAUAUACGUCGAAUCACGCGUGGUAGGGA